CGGAAGUUGGGUGAAGACGAAGGCAGGUUCUGGACAGACGUAGCAUGUCAGGGAGUGUUUACUUCGCCUCCACUUCUGUUCCUCCUCGCCCUGGUGCUGCUCCGGGUCACAUACUCGUCCUGAGCCGGCUUCAGCCUCUCCAUGCAGAAGUCUCCCAGAGCCAUGGCCGAGUACUCUUAUGUGAAGUCUACCAAGCCCGUGCUCAAGGGAACCAAGGCGAAGAGAUUUGCCUGAGGUUGACUGUACAUACAAAUAUUAAGCAUUUUCUCCUGGUCUCCGUGAUAAACAGAGGUUUUGAUAUAUUUAGGCGAGAUGGAAAGAAAGUAUCAAGGAGUGAUCCAAAGCCACUGCACUUGAGAACCCUCUCGAGGAAUCUGGCCUCAUGAAGAUGCCAGAAUAAAUAUCAGGAAUCUGGUGGACAGUAACAAACUUUGGUGAAAUUUCGGGAACCAUAGCCAUUGAAAUGGAUGAGGGAACCUAUAUACAUGCACUCAACAACGGUCUUUUUACCCUGGGGGCUCCACACAAAGAAGUUGAUGAGUCCUCCAGAGCAGUUUACUGCUGGCAAAUUAUCUGAUUCCAGAAUUGCCCUGAAAUCUGGCUAUGGACAAUAUCUUGGUAUAAAUUCAGAUGAACCUGUUGUUGGGCGUUCAGAUGCAAUUGGACCAAGAGAACAGUGGGAACCAGCCUUUCAAAAUGGGAAAAUGGCUUUAUUGGCCUCAAAUAGCUGCUUUAUUAGAUGCAAUGAAGCAGGGGACAUAGAAGCAAAAAGUGAAACAGCAGAAGAAGAAAUGAUCAAGAUUAGAACCUGUGCUGAAAGAGAAAUCAAGAAAAAGGAUGACAUUCCAGAAGAAGACAAACGAAAUGUAAAACAAUGUGAAAUCAAUUAUGUAAAGAAAUUUCAGAGCUUCCAAGACCACAAACUUAAAAUAAGUAAAGAAGACAGUAAAAUUCUUAAAAAGGCUCAGAAAGAUGGAUUUUUGCAUGAGACCCUUCUGGACAGGAGAACCAAAUUGAAAGCCGACAGAUACUGAAAAUGACUGGGAUUUUUGUUUCUGCCUUAUCUUUUUGUGUUUUUUUCUGAAUAAAAUAUUCAGAGGAAAUGCUUUUACAGA